UUAAACCCCAUAAUGACAAAAUCCCCCCAGCACCGUCUCACACGCUCUCUCCCUCUCUUUCCCUUCGCAGCCCCUCUCUGGUGACCAAUUAAACUGAACUCUAGAGACAAUAAUGGCGGGGUUUGUACCUCCAGGUACAACGUUGUUAGGCAAUGAAGCAACAUCUGCAGCAGCCAAAAAGGUCAAUGAAGUGCACAAAAACGUUGAUUACAUGAACCUUCCUUGUCCAAUUCCAUACGAAGAACUCCAUCGUGAAGCACUCAUGUCUUUAAAGCCUGAAUAUUUUGAGGGGAUGCGUUUUGAUUUUACCAAAGGACUGAAUCAGAAAUUUUCACUUAGUCACAGUGUAAUGAUGGGGCCAAUGGAAAUUCCUUCUCAAUCUUCAGAAGCCAUCAAAAUCCCGACUGCUCACUACGAGUUUGGUGCUAACUUUAUAGACCAAAGGACAAUGCUUAUUGGGAGGGUGUUGACUGAUGGGAGACUAAAUGCAAGAGUGAAGUGUGAUUUGACUGAUGAUCUUGCCUUGAAGGCUAAUGCUCAGCUCACAAACGAGCCUCACAUGUCUCAUGUCAUGUUGAACUUUGAUUACAAGGGUAAAGACUACAGGAGCCAGUUGCAACUAGGAAAUGGUGCCUUAUUUGGUGCCAGUUACAUUCAGAGUGUGACCCCUCACUUGUCCUUGGGUGCUGAAGUAUUUUGGGCUGGUCAACAUCGGAAGUCUGGUGUUGGAUAUGCUGGUCGGUACGAGACAGACAAGAUGGUUGCUGCAGGGCAAGUUGCUAGCACUGGAUUGAUGGCUUUGAGCUAUGUGCAGAAGGUUUCUGAGAAGGUUUCACUAGCAACAGACUUCAUGUACAACUACUUAUCAAGAGAUGUGACAGUUAGUGCUGGCUAUGAUUAUGCCCUCAGACAAGCUCGUCUGAGAGGAAAGAUUGAUUCCAAUGGGUGCACUUCUGCCUUCUUGGAAGAACGCUUGAAUAUGGGUCUCAAUUUUAUUCUUUCUGCAGAGUUGGAUCAUAAGAAAAAGGAUUACAAAUUUGGAUUUGGGUUGACAGUGGGCUAAUUUAAAGAACUGAAGUCAUCUGAUCCUGUAUCAUCAAAUUUCGCAUAAAACUUGUUGCUAGCGGCUACUCGGCAAAUUUCCUGGGUCAACCUGCCUUUUGUUUGAACAUCGAGAAAUCCUUUUCUUUUUCACUUCUAACUGUUUUGAGCGAACAUUAUUUGUGCAGCAGCAUCAGCUGCAGCUGCGGAACAGGUUUAGCUGCAAGUAUUCAUUGAUUUGGUGGUUUGAAUGGUAUAAUUUUUGCCUGCACUUCUAUA